UUCCACGAAGGCAUUGGCAAACAUUAAAAGGUAAAGUAAAAUUGGCCUUCCAACUCAAUUUCCUCAUUGGACUACUUCGUCUUUGCCUGCGCACUGCCAAAAUACCACAGUCAGAAGGCCAACCGGGGGGUUUGUCUCAGAGAAGAAAAGAAUCUCGUCGUCGGAAAGAAGAGAGACCGAGAGCGAAGAUGGCUUCGCCGUCGACCACGGGUGACACGAACAAGAUUGCGGUUCGGUCGUCGCUCGUGGAAUCGUUUCGCGGCUGCGGUAUUUCCGGGAUCCGAAUUGACAAGGAGGAGUUGAAGAAGCAGCUGACGAUGCCGCAGUACCUGCGCUAUGCAAUGCGUGAUUCCAUUCGGCUUCAGGACCCCGUCGCCGGCGAGUCCCGCUACAUCAACCGUGCCGAGGGCGAGGACGCCGCCGCUCCGCUCUGCCCCAUGGUCGUCUUCAUCAACCCCCGCAGCGGCGGCCGCCACGGCCCCGCCCUCAAGGAGAGACUCCAGCAACUCAUGAGUGAAGAGCAGGUUUUUGAUCUGUCGGAUGUGAAGCCUCAUGAAUUUGUACGGUAUGGAUUGAGUUGCCUGGAGAUGUUGGCUGGUCUUGGUGACUCUUGUGCCAAAGAAACUCGUGAAAGAAUCAGGGUUAUGGUUGCUGGAGGUGAUGGUACAGUUGGUUGGGUAUUAGGAUGUCUAACAGAACUUCGCACACAGGGUCGGGAGCCAGUUCCCCCAGUAGGUAUCAUACCACUGGGGACAGGCAAUGACCUGUCUAGGAGUUUUCAUUGGGGUGGAUCAUUUCCGUUUGCAUGGAGGUCUGCAAUUAAGCGAACUCUUCAAAGGGCUAGUAACGGGACUGUUAACCGUUUGGAUAGUUGGCGAGUUUCACUUUCAAUGCCAGAAGGUACACCUGUGGUCCUACCUCAUUGUUUCAAGCAUACAGAAGAGUUCUCUCUUGAUCAGGGCUUUGAAAUUGAUGGAGAACUACCGGAGAAGGUUGCAAGUUAUGAAGGCGUGUACUAUAAUUACUUCAGCAUAGGAAUGGAUGCCCAAGUGGCUUAUGGCUUCCAUCAUCUACGCAAUGAAAAACCUUACCUUGCCAGUGGUCCAAUUUCAAAUAAGAUUAUAUACUCGGGUUACAGUUGCACACAGGGCUGGUUUUUCACACCUUGCGUUAGUGAUCCAGGUCUAAGGGGACUUAAAAACAUUUUGCGGAUGCAUAUCAAAAGGGUCAAUAGCUCAGAGUGGGAGCAGAUUGCAAUUCCUACAAGUGUAAGGGCAAUAGUUGCUUUGAACCUUCAUAGCUAUGGAAGUGGAAGAAAUCCAUGGGGUAAACCAAAACCAGAUUAUUUGGAAAAGAGAGGCUUUGUUGAAGCUGAUGUUGCCGAUGGGCUCUUGGAAGUAUUUGGUUUAAAACAAGGAUGGCAUGCAUCAUUUGUUAUGGUUGAACUGAUCUCUGCUAAGCACUUAGUUCAGGCAUCAGCUAUUCGAUUGGAAGUCAGAGGUGGACAGUGGAAAAAUGCAUAUAUGCAAAUGGAUGGAGAACCUUGGAAACAACCAUUGAGCAAGGACUUCUCCACAUACGUGGAAAUAAAGAGGGAGCCUUUCCAGUCACUUGUUAUCAGUGGGAAGUAAUUUAUAGGUGGUUGGCUGUGUUCCAUAGCUGGGAUUCAUGAAAGGCUUGUGUAUUAUAUGUAUUCUCUUAGGUAUUGGCUCUCCAUUACAUGGAAAGUUUGAUGUUGUAAAGAAUUAAUCUUCUUUUGUUUUAUUGAGAAAAUCUUGUUAUGAUUAGUGAGUGUAAUUCUUUGAUGGUUUCCAUGCCUGGUGUUAGUCAUGGAAUGCAUGUGUAUUCUAUGUAAACUUGGGCAUUGAAGCUCCAUUAUAUUUAUAUGGAAAAAUUAUUAUGCAAAAAGUUCAUUUUU